UUUACUUUUUCCUUCACCAUAAAGGCCAACUGCCUCGGAUCUCAUCUGUGGCCAAGGGUCAGGAAGCCUGGGCACAAGGCUUCUCCCUGGUCCAGGAUGACUCAGUGUUACCGCCACCCUCAGUUAUGCCAAAAGUCACUGACCUGCCCCACUGGCCCCCGUCUUGCCACUGCCUAGGAAAAAAGUCUCUUGUCUACAACAGCCUUUUUCUCGUUGGGGAAAAAAAGACAUCAGAUGCCUGUCUGGACCUCUACCUGGUGUGGGAGUGAUUUAGAUGAGGAAAUUGAGGCACAGAGAUUAAUCUGAAUUAGAUAAUACCUUAAGUGGUAAAAACGGUUACAAAUUUGGACAGUCUGGCUCCAGAGUCUACACUCGUAACCACUGCACCAUAUUGGCCCUUCAACAAGAUGAGUCGUGGAUAUUCAGAAAACAACAAUUUCGUGAACAAUAAUAACCAAAUGGUGUUGGACAUGAUCCUUUAUCCAUUAAUUGGAAUCCCUCAGACCAUCAACUGGGAAACAGUAGCAAGGCUCGUGCCAGGAUUAACACCCAAAGAGUGUGCAAAAAGGUUUGAUGAGCUGAGGAGCAGUGGAAGCUCACCUGUUGACAACCAGUAUAAUCCCCUAAUGGCUGCUGGAGAGAGUCCUGUUGAAACUUUAGCCACAUAUAUCAAAUCAUCACUUCUUGACACACAGGGAGAAUUUCAGGAGACUCCAGUUGGUCAGGAUGCAGUUUCCAAAACAGGAAGACAUAGUAUAGCUUCCACAAGGAAUUGUUCUUCAGAAAGUGAAAAUUGUACUACUCGUAAUGGUGGAGAAAAGACUGAAGAAUCUGAAGGGCCAAACAUGGUGAUCCAUGUAUGUGAUGAAGCAAAAAACUUGAAAGAAGAUUUUAUUUGCCCACGAGAUCUUUUGAUAUCAGAAAUGAAGUACUUUGCUGAAUAUUUAUCUAUGGAUGCCCAGCGCUGGGAAGAGGUGGACAUUUCAGUUCAUUGUGACGUUCACAUUUUCAACUGGUUGAUAAAAUAUGUUAAAAGGAACACUAAGGAGAAUAAAGAUUGUGAGAUGCCCACUUUAGAGCCAGGAAAUGUCAUUUCAAUUCUUAUUUCAUCAGAGUUUUUGAAAAUGGAUUCAUUAGUUGAACAAUGUGUUCAGUAUUGCCACAAAAAUAUGAAUGCCAUAGUAGCUACCCCAUGCAACAUGAACUGUAUUAAUGCAAAUCUUCUUACACGUAUAGCUGAUCUGUUCACACACAAUGAAGUUGAUGAUUUAAAGGACAAAAAAGAUAAAUUUAGAAGUAAACUUUUUUGUAAGAAGAUUGAGAGACUGUUUGAUCCUGAGUACUUGAAUCCAGAUUCUCGGAGUAAUGCAGCAACAUUGUAUAGAUGCUGUUUGUGUAAGAAACUUUUAACAAAAGAAACAGAAAGAAGAAUUCCUUGUAUUCCUGGAAAAAUCAAUGUGGAUCGACAUGGAAAUAUUGUCUAUAUUCACAUAAGAGAUAAGACUUGGGAUGUUCAUGAGUAUUUGAAUAGUCUUUUUGAAGAAUUAAAAUCUUGGAGAGAUGUAUAUUGGCGCUUGUGGGGAACAAUCAACUGGCUGACUUGUUCAAGAUGUUAUCAGGCAUUUCUCUGUAUUGAAUUUUCACAUUGUCAAUACCAUUCAGAAACAGUGGUUUAUCCUGCUGCGGCAAGUUUAUUGAGUACUGUUGGCACUGGAAUUUAUCCCUGCUGUAACCAAAAGGUUCUUCGGUUUGAUCCCACUCAGCUUACAAAGGGCUGUAAAGUGAGAGACCACAUGGUUGCACUUCAUGAUGAAGGUGAAGUUGGAGAUUUGCUGUCCUGUCCGACUACUAGAAUACUGGAUGAUCUGCACAAGCACAAAGAUGUCAUUUCUGUGCCCUUUUCAAAAGAUACAGUUAGUGAUCUUGGGGUUGGUCCCUGUGAUGAAAAGGGUCUAGAAUGUGAUGUUUUACUGGAGCCAAAUACACCAUGGGGCCCCAAAACUGGGGAGCUCAAUGCUUUCUUGUCACUGAAAAACUGGACUCUGCAGCUGAAACAACAGUCACUAUUUUCAGAAGAAGAAGAAUAUACCACUGGAUCUGAGGUCACUGAAGAUGAAGUUGGAGAUGAAGAAGAAGUAUCCAAGAAACAAAGGAAAAAGGAGAAGCCAAAGAAGUUCACUAAACAGCCAAAAAAGCAGAUUUCUUCACCCUGUGCUCAGAAGAAAGAAAAGGCAUUCGAGAAGUCAGCUUCUAGAGAUGUGUCUCCUUUCGUUGUGAGUAUGCAGAAGAAUAAGUGGGAUGCCACAAGAUCCUUGAGAUUCAACCAGGAUGCACAAAGAGAAGAUGAUCAGCGGCGGAUGUCUGAAAUUAUAGGGCACCUAAUAAAAAUGAGAUUGGGUGAUCUGGACCGAGUCAAAUCAAAGGAAGCAAAAGAAUUUGCAGGAGGUAUUUAUUCCCGGCUUGAAGCACAAAUCAAGGCCUCAGUGCCAGUUAGUGCACGGCAAAGCAGCUCAGAGAAAAACACAAGGUCUAAAAGUCGUUUUGGUCAAGGGCGUCCUGCAUAGAGCACCUUUAAAUAAAACUAAAAAGACAGAAGGCACACUCCUGGAUAUCUGAAAUCGCUCACUUCUUGAAGAUCUUCAGAACGAUGACUUUGGAAGUUUUAAUUUUUUAAGUUAUUCAUUAUUCUUGUAAGCCACAUAAAUCAUAAUGCUACGAGAAAUAUAUAGUUAGGUUUUAUGAAAAUCUAGUUGUAAAUAUGAAACUUCUUAAAUCUAAUUUUCUUUUAGUUAUGAUUCUAGGCUAUGUAAAAAACAAUUAUUUACAAAUUUGCACAGUUAAGACUCCCAAUAUUUGUUUUCCUUUAUUUAUUUGAAAAAGAAGAGACUUAAACUGUCAUAUAAUUAAGUUUUUUUAAAGACUUUAAAAAAUUAGAGGAACACAAAUGGUAGUGUUAUCCUGCAUGUGCACUGACCGUAGGAUGUUGUUUGGGUUCUAAGUGUUGGGAUAGCAUUGAGAAUUACAGUUUGUAUGAUGAAAUUCCCAAUGAUGCUAAUUUUAAGUUUGCAUGAACAUUAAGGAGUGACAGAUCUCAAGACUGCAUUAAAUAAAGUUUCAAGGUGAGGUAUUUCAAUACUGUGUUGGGCAGAAAGGUUAAUUUUUUUCAGCAUUAUUCCAUGGAAAAUACAAUGUUAAUCCAACUUUUUUUUUCUUUCAGUUUUCAGUGCUUAUCUUUUGGUCAUCUGAGCUGGAGUUACUGAUUAUUACCUCUUUCUUCUGUGAAACUAGUGCCAUUCUGAAUUUGUUAAAAUAACCAUUGAUAGUUUUAGGAGAGUAAAUCAUUUCAGCUGUAUGAGACACCCACUGUACAGUUCUCAGGGCUCUAAGACCUAACCAUAUUUCUGUAGCCAUUCAAAUAGCCCCUUUUUAAACAGUUAAAAUUGCUAGUUACUUUAGAGAUGUCUGAGAAAUUUCCAAAUAGAUUAGAUGGGUGAAAAAUUACAUAUGUCCAAGAAAAAUCAAAAUAAAAUUCUAUUUUAUAGAUCAUGUUUGAAUUUUUCUAACCAGGCAGAAAGAGUGCUCAGGGAAAAUUUGUUCUAAACCACAGGCAUAUAAUAAUUUAUGUGUUUGGAAAUUACUUAUAUGUAGGUCUCUGAAAAACUUUGAUGCACUGUGUCUAUUUUUUAGUCUUCAUUUACCUAUAAUUGAAAUUUAUUCAAAUUACUCAGAGAAUAGACUUUGAUAAUUUGUGACAAAGCAGCAAUUUCCAUUGAAAUAUUGAAGUGUUACACUCAGUUUACACAUAUAAAAAUCACAUAUUUUUAGUGAGUGUUUUAGUUGAUAAAUGAAGCUAGAUGUUAUUUGAUGUUAAUGUAUAGUUUUGCCAAGGUUUUUGAACUUCUGUUUAGAAAUUUUGUUCCACUUUAUAUUUGCUUUGAUUGUUUGAUAGAUUAUAGAUAAAUAGAUUAUGCAUUUUUAUUUUCAAAAGACAAUGUUUUGUAGUACAUUAUAUGUAAGCCCUGUUAAAUACCAGGGUCUUGUUAGAGUUUACUGUAUUCUCUGAUAAAAGGAUUUGGGUUUGUACAUGUAAAUGGUGCUGUGAUGACACUAGAAGAGGAAAAUAUGCCCUUUUGAUUUUUAACUUGGUAAAAAGGCAAAUUGCUUCUCCCCUGGGGGGACUUUACCACUGAAUUGAUUUUUACAAACUAGAAUUUAUCAGAAUUUGGUUGUCUUCAGAAUGUGGUUUUUAUUUUAUUAAUGUCUGUAAUACAUAGAACAGGUACCACAGACAUUUUACUCAAACUCUUAAUAACAUUUCUUUUGCCAGAUACUUUGAGGUUUUACCUUACAUUGAUUCUGAAUUCACAUUUCUUUAAUUGAAAUAAACAUU